AUGGUGUGUUCGAGUUGCUGCACUUCGACAUCUGCGGGCCAAUGGAACAAGUCUCGAUCGGCGGCAGCAGAAUACUUACUGCUUGUGGUUGACGAAGCUAGCGGUUGCAUGAAGGGCUUCUGUCUGCGGUCCAAGUCUGAGAGUGAAGACUGUAUCAAGAACCACAUCAUCAAGAUUCAAACUCAGUUCGGCACGAAGAUCAAGUUUGUUCGGCACGAUGGAGCGCAUGAGUUUGCGACCAACUCCAUCAAGACCUUCUACGAAGAUCAUGGGAUCAAACAACAAGUCACGGUGCCGUAUGCACACCAGACCAACGGCACCGCAGAGCGCGCGAUAAGGACCAUCGUCACGAUCGGACGCAGCUUGUUGCAUCAUGCAAAGCUGGAGAAGUGUUUCUGGGCUGAAGCGGCAAUGACGGCGAUCUACAUCAAGAACCGCCUGCCUUCACCCAAGAUCGACCACAAGACUCCGUUCGAGAUCGUGUACAAGUCGAAACCAAGUGUCAAGCACAUGCGCGUGUUUGGAUGUCGGGCGUUUAUCCUGACACCAAGGGAGAAGCGAUUGAAGUGGGACCCGAAGGCUCGUGAAGGGAUCCCACUUCAAUCGCGUGUGGGAUGA